AUGAACGCCUUGAUUGUGUUAGCCUCUGUUCUGGUAUCCUGUUAUGCUGGUAGGAACGGCGAUGGGGGAUAUGGCGGAGUAAAGGUAGGAGGAUUAGUGGGACUUUUAGAAGGAAGAUUGCUUGGAGGAAGAGAUGGAGGUUUUGGAGGAAGAGGAGGAGGUUUAGGAGAACGGCUAGGAGGAAUUGAAGUAGCAGGAGGAGGAAGAUGGUUAAAAGAGAUCAAAUAUGGGACUUGUCCUUCGGUCGGUGAAACAGACUCUCUACAAGUGGGACGUCCUUGCUCUAAUGACGAGUAUUGUCCCGGGUCACAGAAAUGUUGUUUGAAUAAUAACUAUGGAAGGAGAUGUCAAAUACCAAUUGAAUAUCAAAAACCCGGUAGAGGCAAUACCUUCCUUAUGAUGUAUACUUCCAAAUCAACAUGAAGAGCAUGCAAU